AUAACUAUCUCGGCCGUUGGCAAUGUCACGACUUAACCCUAACCUAAGUUUUCGAAACCGAUAUGCGUUCGUGCAUCCUGAGGAACCUGUUAAGCAUACGACGAUUGUCCCGUGAAGUUCCUGGAAGUUAUACAUCACGAUCGUUAACGUACUCAUGGCUAAAACUGACGAGGAGAUUCUCGAGCGACGUGGAAAACGACCACAAGGACAAAAAAGAUGACACGAGCAAGAACACCAGUCCUUAUAACCUUGCCGGUGCUAUGAAUGUAAAAUACAAAGUAUUUCACGAUGAAGACGCUGACAUUAUUUUUGACGUGAGCGAGGAGCAGCAAAAGAUUCUCCUCGAGGACCUGAACAAGCAAGAGGAGAAAGUUCAUGAUCCUUACGCCGAUAUAAAUUUGGAGCAUGGUGUUACUGGAGUAUUCGACAUCGAUCAACUUGUUGAGUUAUUGGAAAGAGAUAAGGCCAAGAACAUCUUUGUCGCUUCCGUUCCCAAGGAAUACGCUUAUGUGGACUAUAUCAUUGUUGUGACUGCAAAUUCACAAAAGCACAUGAAUGCUUUGGCCACUUUUAUACGCAAGGUUUACAAACUGAAAAGAUAUCAAAACGAAUUGAUACCUAAAAUCGAGGGGGAGAAGUCAAAGGAUUGGAUGGCCUUGGAUUUAGGAAAUAUCGCUCUGCAUAUUUUAUCUGGCUCUGCUAGAGAACAUUACGACUUGGAGACUCUAUGGGCUGUCGGUUCGCAAUAUGAUGAUAAGAGCAAUACAUCUGAAGAAUCGACCAUUAUGGAUCAGUAUAAUGCUUUCUUAGCUGAUCUCCAACCAGCCGAUAAUGCUUGAUGAUUCGCGUGUACUUUAAUGUAAAAAUUCUAAAUUAGUCUAAUAAAAAAAUAAUACAAUUAAUAAU